AACGACAAUAAAGAGCUGGGCAGUAACCAGUUAAAUACGGAAACUAAGUCAGCUUAUUUAAAUACAUACGAUUGCUCAGAUUGACGUCAUUAUUCCUCUUUACUUAUGUUACUUAUAGUGAUCGCUGUAGUUUAGUAUAACAGACGACUCAUCUAUUCUAUGAAAUACAAAGCCUUGUUAAAAGCAGACGAGAAAAGAAAACAAAAUGACAGUUACAGAUUCCGCUACGAAUUUGAAAUGUGUUGUGGUAGGAGAUGGGGGUAUAGGGAAAACUAGCAUGUUACUGAAAUAUGUAAAUGGUAGAUUCAUGGAUGAAUAUAUACCAACAUGUUUUGAUAACUAUACCGCUGUGAUAGACAUAGAAGAUCAAGAUAUACAUUUGAAUUUAGUUGAUACAGCUGGUCAGGAAACUUAUGACCGGUUACGGACUUUAUCCUAUUAUAACACGGAUGUAUUUAUAGUCUGUUUCUCAUUGGUGGACCCUGAUUCGUUUAUAAACGUUAAGUCUCGAUGGAUACCAGAGCUUAAGGAAUUUAAACCCGGAACCCCAUUAAUUCUCGUCGGCACUAAACGAGAUCUAAGAGAUGAAAAUCCGAAUAAUACCGAUGUCAUUUCAUAUUAUAAAGCGAAAAGGACAGCUCGACGAGUUGGAGCGGGCAGUUACGUUGAAUGUUCCGCUGUAACUAACGACGGUUUAGCAGAAGUCUUCCGUCAAGCUGUCGUGUCAGCCCUAGGUAUUCGUAAAAAGAAACCCUUUUGGUCAAGUCUUAAAAGCUUAUUUACACCAAAAAGAUUAACAGCUAGACGUUAAAAGUUAUUGCCCCACCUAAUAAUUAGCGGAAAACAUAGGUCGUGGCCAGCCAUUGCGGUUUACUCAAAAGUGAAGUACCCAGAGUUUAUGUCGUUGAAAAACACAACACAAUGAACAUCAUUCUCACAAAAGUAUUUAUCGGUGGGGAUUUCCAAUAAAAGUAUGACAAUUUUGGUGUAUAUGGAAAGUAGAGGCACCCAAUCUUACUAGGAAAAUACUGGAUUUCUUGAAAAACACCCAUGGAGCGCGCACAGGACAAAAAUGAGAUUGUGUCACUAAUUGACAGCCCGGCGAUUAACGCCUCUCUGCUCGAAUGACGUCAAAGAUUGCAUGCGUAGAUUGUCUGAAAGGGACGUGGAAAAAGUGAGAGACUUAAACGUACAGUUUCUGAGAUAAAAAACCACGGAAAAAGACGUGGGGGGGGGGGGAUAAUCCGAGAAUUUACUUAAUUAAGCUUCGACAUUUAUGGGCGAUAUGGUAAAUGGAUAACGAUUAAAGACAACAUAGUCUUUUAUAUGCAGUAGAUUCUCCCCCGGCUCUGCACCCGUUGCUAGUUCCCGCGACGGCCAAGUCACGUGACAUACAAAUGACUUCUUUUUAUAGAUUGUUUUAUAGCUUGGACUAUUUCCGCGCGGAUACAAUGUUUUAAGAGGGAUUUGAAGCAAUAUUUUUGAUCGUUUGAAUAUGUUUUAAGUCCAAACAUAUCAUCAAAUCACUUAGUUUGUACAUGGGAAUGUAUCUUUAAAACGUUAAACAAAAUAAUAUAAUUAUGUUGUAUCCAUCUACUAUUACGGGAAAAAUUGUUGUUCUUUUUGAUGCAGUAGACCGUUAAGCGUCAGUCGGUGCGUUACUGCUCAAAAGGCUUAAAGAAUUCAUUAUGACGACUUGUCUGCGAUAUCACCUCGGUGGAAGCGGACGUUAAAUAAAACUAACUCACACACAUUAUGACGAUUUAAGAAAAAGUUUAAAAAAUUAGACCAACGUUUCCGAAGAAUCUGGGGUCUGAGCGAUAAGGAAGUUAACCUUGCACAAUAAAGAUCGAAGAAAGGCCGUGACGUUAUAAGGAUAAAUUCUCUGUUAGUAUAUAACGUACUUCGUGCUCACUAACUUGCCACAGAACAGUACUUUUUAUUUACACAAUAAGAUUUCCCUGUAUCGUUAUGAUUUGUGAUGUCGGUGUUUUUGUGUUCAGGAAAAGGUCGUCAGAAAACAUGAAAUCAGAGCGUUACGUAAACAUCCGAAAUAAAUUAAAUGAUUAUGUCAUAUUUCAUACAGGGCUACAUGUAUGUAAAAGAAAAAAAAAUCAAAUAUAAAAUGUUACUUUUUAUUAGUGUAAUUAGUGUAUAUACAAUAUUGAAAUAUGCCAUCUUGUAAAUACUCAUUUUAUUGUUACCCGGUAUAUGUCUUGUUGAUUUUGUAUUAAAUUGUAUAUUUAA